UUCCUUAUGUAUAAUUAUCCCUAAACUAGCUGAACCUACGCAAAAGAAUACUUAAAUGUAACGUAUCCCGGUGCAAUGUUUUCUGGGCCCAACUUAUUUCUCCGAGAAGAAAUCAUUGCAGCGGGUUCCAAGGACGCAUGUAUCUUCCCGUAUAACUUUGACGGAACCGGAACUGGUACUAGCAUGCCUGAUACCACUAAGACCAGGCCUGUCGAGAACUGCGGCUGGCGAGGUGAUAGCCCAGAGCCACAGUUAGACGACAUCACUCACGAUGAGGAACUCCAUCUUCGUAUACCCGACGACACUUGUAGUUGGCAUGGGGAUCCUGCUGAGCCGGAAUUGGACGAUCUUGCUCACCAUUCUGAGAACGAGCAGAAUCCUAAGUUAUCUCCAAAAUCUCAUACGCCUUUACGUACCGAUCCCCAGUUAUUAGCAGUCAAGUCGGAGCCGCUGAAGACUCCUCCUAAAGAGAAAACCGCCGACGCCCCGCCAUCUAACAAACCACCCCCGAGAAAAGAUAAAGAGGACGAUCCCAAUGACGAAUCCCUACAAGAGAGAGUCACUCACGGAGUCCAACAGGCAUUCAACAUCUUCCGAGGCAUGAUUGAAUCUAAGCCAAGUGAGCCGGAACCGAGCGAAGGGGGAAAGUCUUCUGUAAAAGAGGGUAUUGCUGAAGAACCUCGUCCAGUACCCCCAAUUCCUCAAACUCCUGCUCAGCCAACCAAAGGAAAGAAAUCUAAAGAAGAUAGAGAAAAGGAGAAGCAAGAGAAGGCUGAGGCAAAAAAAGCUGAGAGGGAGAGAAAGGCCAAGGAAAGGGAAGAAAAGAAAAAGCUCAAGAAGGAGAAGGAGGCGGCGAAGAAGGAACAGCGUCGUAAGAGCAAAGACAAGAAGAAAAAUAAGGCCACAACCCCUCCCCCUGAGCUCCCUGCUGGUGCCGAAGGCAUUGCUGCCGCCGAGGCUGAUCAACAACCUGGGUGUCACAUAUGUAAACAUCCCGAGGAAGAGGGAACAAUUGAUUUCCUGAGAGACUCUUUAGAGAAUUGGCAGGGCUUACCUUCUCUUGAUGAACUCACCGACGCGGCAAAGAAGUUGCUCAAUAUGACCGAUGCGAAUGAAUUUGUCGAUGAACAACAAGCUGACCUGAGCACUUGUUGGGACGAACAGGAGCUGGUUGACCAUAUUGUAGCACACAUCGACAGACACAUACACCAGUAUUUCGACCUCGACUCUCCCGAAGGAGGAAACACGGAACUCGGUAAAGCUCCGCCCCUUAAGCCCAAUCCUACAUCCGCCCAGAAAGCGGGACCGGCUACACCUGGAAAGCAGCUGGAGAAUGGUAGUCCUGCCAACCAUGGCUUGGACGGGAAUAGAGACUGGCCACUGACCGUCAUGCAAAAUCAUAUCCUUCGCAGUCUGGAGCCAAUGCCUACCCCUGAUAUCGUCGCCACACAGUCUCCCCAGGCUUAUUCGCCUCUCAGGGGUCCGGUAAGUCGCUGUGUCUCUCCAUGGUGUGAACAGCUCGGGUUCACAAUAGAAGACCCACCCCCUUCUUUUCCAAAGCGCAACGGAUCGUGGUUGAGGAGAGGAUUUAACUCUAGCCCAAGUCGAACGAGAGGUAUCGCUACCGCGCCUUGCCUUCACAUUCCUGUUUGUUCGCACGGGUUCCACCACGAACCCGCCGCGUACGCCUGUGUUCCAGUCUCACUAGUGCCGGCACUCUGCCUUGAGGCACCGUGUUGCGGCCAUAGUGCUUGUCACUACGCUUCACCUAUCAUGACGCCCCUAUCAGUUCCGCUCACGCCACACCACUCAUUUCCCCUCGACUCAUCUCGUUAUACCGAAAUCGCCCCUUGCGGCUCACCCCGCAGAAGUUUUUCCGCAAACGAGAUACGAGCAAUGUAUUGA